UGUUAUUGAGCCAAGUGUCACCACUAGUUGAAGUGAGCAUAAAAAAAUAGACAGCUAAAUAAAACAAAUGGCUUCAACAUCGAGACUCGACAACAACAAGGUGUGCUGCUACGCACACCCCGAAUCUCCUCUCAUCGAGGACUACAGGGCAGGAGACAUGAUUUGCUCGGAGUGUGGUCUCGUCGUUGGCGACCGCGUAAUUGAUGUCGGAUCAGAAUGGCGAACCUUCAGCAAUGAGAAGAGUGGCGUCGAUCCCAGUCGUGUCGGUGGCCCAGAGAAUCCUUUGCUGAGCGGUGGCGAUCUGUCCACCAUCAUUGGCCCGGGCACAGGCUCAGCCUCCUUUGAUGCCUUUGGUGCACCCAAAUAUCAAAACAGACGUACAAUGAGCAGCUCAGAUCGCUCGCUGAUAUCAGCAUUUAAGGAGAUUUCCUCGAUGGCCGAUCGCAUUAAUUUGCCAAAAACAAUUGUCGAUCGCGCCAAUAACUUGUUCAAACAGGUUCAUGAUGGCAAGAACCUGAAGGGCCGAUCCAACGAUGCCAAAGCAUCUGCUUGUCUGUAUAUAGCUUGCCGCCAGGAAGGAGUACCUCGUACCUUUAAGGAAAUCUGUGCUGUUAGCAAGAUCAGCAAAAAAGAGAUUGGCAGAUGCUUCAAAUUGACGCUGAAGGCCCUGGAAACCAGUGUGGAUUUGAUUACAACAGCUGACUUUAUGUGUCGCUUUUGCGCCAAUUUGGACCUUCCGAACAUGGUUCAACGCGCUGCCACGCACAUCGCCAAAAAAGCAGUCGAAAUGGAUAUUGUUCCGGGCCGUUCGCCCAUAUCCGUGGCCGCAGCUGCCAUUUAUAUGGCCUCACAGGCAUCGGAGCAUAAGAGAAGUCAGAAGGAGAUCGGUGAUAUAGCCGGCGUGGCUGAUGUCACCAUCAGACAGUCCUACAAACUAAUGUAUCCCCAUGCCGCCAAGCUAUUCCCCGAAGACUUCAAGUUCACUACACCAAUUGAUCAACUGCCGCAAAUGUGAACAUUUUUUUCCCGUUCCCGAUGCUCAUUACUAACGCUAACGUUAAGGGGGUAACAAGAAGAACCGUUCUUAAUUUAAUCACAAAAAAUUUACGAUUUUAUUAAAUAAAAAGUUAGCAUAACGAUAAAUAAUCAGAGA